AAAAUUCAAACCAACUUUUCCAGUCAACGUUCUUCACCUGAUCAGCUUGUGCUAAUCAAAUUCCUCACCUACAAGUUUUCUCUUUCGUCUUUUGAUCUUCACCCACCAGCUAACCCUUCUCUCUAAACAUGGGGUUGGGAUUCAGACAGUUGUUCUCAGAUUCACUCGGCGACUCCAUUGAUUCCGUGUGUGAAAAGUACUGUGACGAACCAGAAGAUGAUUCCGGCUAUUGCUUACCAGUAUGUUUGGAUGUCUGUCCUGAGAUCUGUCACUAUUCUCUUACAUCCCUUAAUUCUUCUUCUGAUCUUCCCCAUCACGCCAAAUCCAAGAGUUUAAUGGUCAUCUUGCUAUCAAUUCUCGCAGCCGUUUUCCUUCUCUUCUGUUGCUUCGUUGUCUAUGUCAAGUACUACGGUCACCGGAGGAGAUCGCCGGCGCCGCCCGAACCCCACCGGGAUGAUUUCGUUAACGAAGAUCGCGAACCUGUGGUUGACCAUCACAUCUGGUACAUCCGCACAAAUGGAUUGCAGCCGUCGGUGAUUAGCUCAAUCACGGUUUGUAAGUACAAGAGAGGAGAUGGUCUUGUUGAAGGAACAGAGUGCUCUGUUUGUCUGAAUGAGUUCCAGGAAGACGAAACUAUCCGGCUAUUACCAAAGUGUUCUCACGCUUUUCAUCUUCCUUGUAUUGACACCUGGCUUAGAUCUCACACCAACUGCCCUAUGUGCCGUGCCCCAAUCGUCGCAAUUCCUGCCCUAACUUCCUCAUCGGAAGUCAACGCCGAUGAGGAGGUUCCUCGUCACGAUACACGAGUCGCAGAUUUGGGAGAUAUUAAUGGAGAACCCGCCAUUGAAAUCCAAGGUGGAGAGGAGGAAGAAGAGAUGGUUGAGAUACAGCCGAUGAGAAGAUCGGUUUCGUUGGAUUCUUUAUCAGCUUCAAAGAUCAGUGCAGCUCUGAGGAGUUUAACUGACCAAGAGGAAAAUAGUUCAGAUUCGGAAUUGGGUAGAAGGAAAGAAUCAAACUGGGGAAUAGUCCCAAAAAGAGGAGGCGGCAACCAAGGGUUGGCAAGAUUGGUGGGUUCUUCCUCUUCAUUUGGGAGGUCAAUGUUGUUGAACAGAUCAUUGUCUUGCACCGGAAAGUUUUGGCUAUCGAGAUGUAGCAGGAGCAGGAAUUCUGGUCUGCCUUAGGAAGUUUUUGAUCUCCAUUUCUCACAUUUUACUUUCAGUGAUCAGAUAUCUGCAAGACGACAUCUCUUGGAACCCUCUUUUAUCUCUUUCCAAGCUGAGAUAAAAGAAAUUAUACAUACAUAUAUAGGUAAUAUAUAUAAAAUAAUGAUGUAAGGAAAUUGUAGUGAUCCCAGAAGGGAAUUUCUGAAUUUUACUGAAAUAAUUAUGUAUAGUAUCACCAUUUCUGUUUCUGAAAUUUACUGAAAUAAUUAUGUAUAGUAUAACCAUUUCUGUCCCAUGUAAAUGAUAUGUUAUAUGAAACUUAAUCUGGAAGAGAAUUGGAAGUGGAUAUA